AUGGAAUGCUCCCCAACUAGUAUUAGGCCUAUAAACAAAGCCGCAGUCCACAGAAUCUGCGCAGGUCAAGUCAUUUUGGAUCUCUCAUCCGCAGUUAAGGAGCUCGUUGAAAACAGCUUGGAUGCUGGCGCUACUACCAUCGAAAUCUCUUUGAAAGACCACGGCCUGGAAUCCUUCCAGGUCGUCGACAAUGGAUGCGGCAUUUCUCCUAAUAGUUUCAAGGUUCUGGCACUUAAGCACCACACCUCCAAAUUGGGGGAUUUCCCUGAUCUUCAGUCUUUGACCACAUUUGGUUUCAGAGGAGAGGCAUUGAGUUCACUUUGCGCUUUAGGAGACCUCACUGUUGAAACCAGGACCAAAAACGAGUCGGUGGCUACACACUUGACUUUUGAUCGUUCGGGUUUGUUAACAGCUGAGAGAAAGACAGCCCGACAGGUUGGUACCACAGUCACUGUCAAGAAGUUGUUUUCUAAUUUGCCGGUGCGAAGCAAAGAAUUUAGCCGCAACAUACGCAAGGAAUAUGGAAAGCUUAUUUCUUUACUGAACGCUUAUGCUCUUAUUUCAAAACGCGUUCGCAUAGUCUGCGCUAAUACUACUGGUAAAAAUGCAAAGUCUGUAGUACUGAAAACCCAAGGAAGUAACUCCCUUAAAGAUAACAUUAUAACAGUAUUUGGCAUGAACACCUUCAGCUGCUUAGAGCCUGUGGAUAUAGGUAUAUCAGACAAUUGCAAGGUUGAAGGCUUCCUUUCUAAGUCUGGUCAAGGAAGUGGUCGCAAUUUGGGCGAUAGACAAUACUAUUUUGUAAAUGGUCGACCGGUGGACAUGCCUAAAGUCAGCAAGCUUGUGAAUGAACUAUAUAAAGGUGCAAACUCUCGACAAUAUCCCAUCGCAAUCAUGAAUUUCACCAUUCCGACCAGAGCUUGUGAUGUUAAUGUAACUCCUGACAAAAGAAAAAUAUUCUUUUCUGAUGAGAGCUCUAUACUGCUUGCUCUAAGGGAGGGACUGGAGAUGAUCUAUUCUUCAAGUAAUUCCUGUUAUUCUGUUAAUAAAUUUGAUGAUCAUGCUAAGGCACCAGAUAGCUCUCAGCUGUGCUCUCCUCGUCAGAUAUCUAAUAUGUUAUUGAAACAAUUAUCUGCAAAUGGCAAUGACCGUGAAGAAACUCAAACAGAGAAGCAUAAUGCAGAGGACAGCAGUCCACUCAUGGCAGUUGAAGCGAAAUCCACGCCCUUUCAAGUUGGAGAAAGAUCUAUCCAUGACAUUGAGGAAAAGUUUAUGAUGAAGGACUUCGCUCUUAGAUUACAUGGCAGUGAUAAAGCUGAUAGUCUUGCAAACAGUAACUGUCAUAAAGCAACGGCAGAUUUUAAUACUGUGACAGAUCAAAAUACACGAUCCCUGUCAAAUGGCCCUUCAAGCUCCUUUCAAUCAAAACUUAGCAAUUUUUUAACUGUCAAUAAGAGAAAGCGUGAAGAUAUUACUACACAAUUGUCUGAAGUUCCUGUCCUAAGAAAUCAGGCUUCUGAAUGUCAAUUGAAGAAAAGCGGCACUGAGAUGCAUGCUGUGGAAACAAGUCUUCCUGUUGAUCAUCGCCACACUGAUGAUUCUGUUGAGGUUAGUGAUACUGAGCCACCCAAACAUUGCAGAGCAGAUAUGAUCUUCAAUAAAAUAAGGAAUUCUCUUUCUUCUAGCAGAACUACUGGUGAUGGAAAACCUGGGGAGGAUCCAUCAGGUGAGCAAAAAUCAUCUUCUCCUGACGAUGUCCCAUCCAUUACUUCCCGUUGCAAAGAGCUUGAAAAUUUGUCAGAGGAUCUCUCUGUUGCCUCUGCUCCAGUUCAAUCUUCCAUUGUAAUAUUAGAUGCUCCAGUGCCUUUUUCUGCCCAACAGAUAUGCUCCACCUUGCAAUUUAGCUUUCAGGACCUACGGGCAAGAAGGCUGCAGAGGCUGUCAAGGUUGCAAUCUGGCAAUUACACAUUUGGAGGCACAAAGAGAAGGAGCUAUGCUGCUGCAACGCUGGAGCUCUCUCAACCGGACAAUGAGGAGAGAAAAUUAAGGGCUUUAGCUGCUGCUACUACUGAACUAGAAAGACUAUUCAGAAAAGAAGACUUUGGUAGAAUGAAGGUGAUUGGCCAAUUUAAUCUUGGGUUUAUCAUUGGGAAAUUAGAUCAGGAUUUAUUUAUUGUGGAUCAGCAUGCUGCUGAUGAGAAGUAUAAUUUUGAGAGACUCUGUCAAUCAACCAUUUUAAACCAGCAGCCCUUGCUUCGGCCACUGAGGUUGGAGUUAUCUCCAGAAGAGGAAGCAGUUGCUUCAAUGAAAUUGGACAUAAUCAGAAAAAAUGGAUUUGUUUUGGAAGAGGAUCCACAUGCACCACCUGGGCAUCAUUUUAAAUUGAAAGCUGUUCCCUUCAGUAAGAACAUAACUUUUGGAGUUGAAGAUGUAAAGGAUCUGAUUUCUACUCUUGCUGAUAGUCAAGGGGAAUGCUCCAUAAUCAGUAGAUACAAAAUGGACACUGCUGAUUCCGUCUGCCCAUCAAGAGUUCGUGCAAUGCUUGCAUCACGUGCAUGCAGAUCAUCAGUUAUGGUUGGAGAUGCACUAGGGAGGAAUGAAAUGCAGAAGCUUCCUCUUUCUUUGCUUAAGACAGCUCAAGGCCACCCAAUGUUGGUGGAACUGAAAAAUGGAGAGACGUACAAUGGGCAUUUGGUCAAUUGUGAUACUUGGAUGAACAUCCAUCUCCGCGAAGUCAUCUGUACCUCUAAGGAUGGAGAUAGGUUUUGGCGAAUGCCUGAAUGCUACAUCCGUGGGAAUACUAUUAAGUAUCUUCGAGUUCCUGAUGAGGUAAUUGAUAAAGUUCAAGAAGAAACCAAGAGUCGCUCAGAUCGGAAGCCACCAGGGGUUGGGCGUGGAAGAGGAAGAGGUAGAGAAGAUGGCCCCGGUGGAAGGCCAGCAAAAGGGAUUGGGCGUGGCCUUGAUGAUGGAGGUGCUAAGGGCAUGGGUGGAGGUCGUGGUAGAGGUGGUCCAGGCGGAAAGACCGGCGGGAGCAGAGUUGUCUGUCUCACGUCAAGUACAGAUUGCGUGGUGUAUGUUUGGUAUUGGAAUGCUUGUGAACAAAGCUCAAACGGUAUUGUGCCAUGUGGUGCUAAAGAACUUGUCCAGCGCCAUCGUAGGAGUGGCUGUUAUGUCACCACAUUUCCAAACGAGGGCAAUUUGUGA